AUGACCCGAGAGUGCGCUCCCCCGACCCCUGAGUCCGGGGCUCCGCUGAGUGGGUCCGUGCUAGCAGAGGCGGCGGUGGUGUUCGUAGUGGUGCUGAGCAUCCACGCAGCCGUGUGGGAUCGAUACUCGUGGUGCGCCGUGGCCCUCGCGGUGCAGGCCUUCUACGUUCAGUACAAAUGGGACCGGCUCCUACAGCAGGGAAGCGCGGUCUUCCAGUUCCGAAUGUCCGCGAACAGUGGCCUAUUGCCCGCUUCGGUGGUCAUGCCUUUGCUAGGACUGGUUAUGAAGGAGCGCUGCCAGGCUGCGGGGAACCCAUAUUUCGAGCGGUUUGGAAUUGUGGUGGCGGCCACGGGCAUGGCAGUGGCCCUCUUCUCCUCAGUAUUGGCCCUGGGCAUCACUCGCCCUGUGCCCACCAACACCUGCGUCAUCUCGGGCUUGGCUGGAGGCGUCAUCAUUUACAUCAUGAAGCACUCGCUGAGUGUUGGCGAGGUGAUCGAGGUCCUGGAGGCCCUGCUGAUCUUCGUGUACCUCAACAUGAUUCUGCUGUACCUGCUGCCUCGCUGCUUCACCCCCGGAGAGGCGCUGCUGGUCCUGGGUGGGAUCAGCUUCAUGCUCAACCAGCUCAUCAAGCGCUCUCUCACUGUGGUGGAAAGCCAGGGGGACCCCUUGGACUUCUUCCUGCUCGUCGUGGUGGUAGGCAUGGUGCUGAUGGGCAUCUUCUUCAGCACCCUCUUUGUUUUCAUGGACUCGGGCACCUGGGCCUCUUCCAUCUUCUUCCACCUCAUGACCUGCGUCCUGGGCCUCGGCGUGGUACUGCCCUGGCUGCACCGCCUCAUCCGCAGGAACCCUCUGCUCUGGCUCUUUCAGUUCCUCUUCCAGACAGAGACCCGAGUCUGCCUCCUAGCUUAUUGGUGUCUGCUGGCCACCAUGGCCUGCCUGGUGGUUCUGUACCAGAAUGCCAAGCGGUCAUCUUCCGAGUCCAAGAAGCACCAGGCCCCCACCAUCACUCGAAAGUAUUUCCACUUCAUUGUGGUAGCCACCUACAUCCCAGGGAUCAUCUUGGACCGGCCCCUGCUCUACGUGGCUGCCACCGUGUGUCUGGCUGUCUUCAUCUUCCUGGAGUAUGUGCGCUACUUCCGCAUCAAGCCCCUGGGCCAUACCCUGCGAAGCCUUCUGUCCCUCUUCCUGGAUGAACGAGACAGUGGGCCGCUCAUCCUGACCCACAUCUACCUGCUCCUAGGCAUGUCUCUUCCCAUCUGGUUAGUCCCCAGGCCCUGCACACAGAAGGGUAGCUUAGGAGGAGCCAGGGCCCUGGUGCCCUAUGCAGGCGUCCUGGCAGUUGGUGUGGGUGACACUGUGGCCUCCAUAUUUGGCAGCACCAUGGGGGAGAUUCGCUGGCCUGGAACCAAAAAGACUUUUGAGGGAACCAUGACAUCUAUAUUUGCCCAGAUCAUUUCUGUAGCUCUGAUCUUAAUCUUUGACAGUGGAGUGGACCUGAACUACAGUUAUGCUUGGAUUUUGGGAUCUAUCAGCACCGUAUCCCUCCUGGAAGCCUACACUACGCAGAUAGACAAUCUCCUUUUGCCUCUCUACCUCCUGAUAUUGCUGAUGGCCUAG